UGCUUCAGUUUGGUGCUUAAACGCGUUGCGCGUACAUCAUAAAGCUGAAAUCAGUUCAGCUGUUGUAGUUUUCAUUUAGUAUACAUACAUACAUACAAACAAGAGAAAAUAUUGACUUGUGUUGUGAUUAUCCUGCCUCAAAUAUACUUACACAUUUUACAAUAUUUCGCAAAGUAAAGGUGCUCAGUGAAUUAAACAAAAGUUUUAACGUUUCAAAUUUAAAUGCAGGCCAUGGAGAGCAAGGAAUUUAAUCAGACUUUUUUUUUGUUCCUGGCUAUUAUUAUAUUUUCUGAUUUUCCUGAAACCUCUGCAGUACGUGUUGGCAACUCUCAGCUAAAACAACGUAUAAAAGAAAAUCAACCGGAUCUUAAACAAUCGGAAUCCUUCUGGCAGCAACAUGUUGCCACUCCCAGUAGUUCAACUCCAUUCGAUUCACCUUUUUAUUCGGCAACACAUGGACUUGUCCAAACUCACCCCUCUAUAAGCGCGAGCAAUGCUGGCCCCGUCCCACUAAAUAGUAACAGUCUUGGGACCGGCAUACCCUCCUCAAGCGUUGCUGGUAGUAAGCCAUCCUUGACCGCAGGCAGCGGGUACCUUAACUCACGCGGAAGUCUGCCAUCAUCUGCUCGUUAUCCAGCUAAUAAGAUUACAGGCACCGUGGUUGAACCCAAUCCAAAGUCUCCGUUUCGGCAUUUAGACUUCUCAACUAGCGCAACUGCUGAGCUGCGACGCAAUCCUGCACUAUCUGCUCCAGACGAAUGUGCCCGCGCUUGUCGCGAGGGCGAGCCUCCAAGAAUUUGCUAUUAUCAUUUUACGUUGGAGUACUACACCGUUCUGGGCGCUGCUUGCCAGGUAUGCACUCCAAACGCAACGAAUACGGUUUGGAGUCAUUGCCAGUGUGUCUUAGCUGACGGAGUAGAGCGCGGAAUUCUGACUGCAAAUCGUAUGAUUCCUGGCCCUAGUAUUCAGGUAUGCGAGAACGAUAAGGUUGUCAUUGAUGUGGAGAACCACAUGGAGGGAAUGGAAGUAACUAUUCACUGGCACGGUAUAUGGCAACGUGGUUCACAGUAUUACGACGGUGUACCCUUCGUUACUCAGUGUCCCAUUCAGCAAGGUAAUACCUUCCGUUAUCAAUGGACAGGCAACGCCGGGACACAUUUUUGGCACGCUCAUACAGGUCUACAGAAACUAGAUGGACUUUACGGUAGCGUCGUCGUUCGCCAACCACCAUCAAGAGACCCAAAUUCUCACUUAUAUGAUUUUGAUUUAACAACUCAUAUCAUGCUUAUCAGUGACUGGUUGCACGAAGAUGCUGCAGAGCGGUAUCCUGGACGCCUGGCAGUAAACACAGGCCAAGAUCCAGAAUCAAUGCUGAUCAAUGGCAAGGGCCAGUUUCGCGACCCAAACACUGGCUUCAUGACUAAUACUCCAUUAGAAAUAUUCACAAUUACACCAGGCCGUCGAUACCGCUUUCGGAUGAUAAAUGCAUUUGCUUCAGUAUGUCCAGCACAAGUGACGAUUGAGGGGCACGGCAUGACAGUAAUAGCAACCGAUGGUGAGCCUGUGCAUCCUGUUGAUGUCAACACAAUCAUUUCAUUUUCAGGUGAGCGCUAUGAUUUCGUUAUAACGGCGAAUCAACCUGUUGGUGCAUAUUGGAUCCAACUACGUGGGCUUGGUGAGUGUGGUAUUCGGCGAGCUCAACAACUGGCUAUUUUGCGGUACGCUCGUGGCCCUUAUCAACCUACUUCUGUUGCGCCAACAUACGAUGUUGGAAUACCGCAAGGUGUGGUCAUGAAUCCUUUGGACGCCCAAUGCAACCGUCAACGGAACGAUGCCAUUUGCGUGAGCCAACUAAAAAACGCUCUUGAGAUUGAUCGUGGUAUUUUGUCAGAGAAGCCAGAUGUUAAGAUUUUCCUACCAUUCCGUUUCUUUGUAUAUCGAGCUGAAGAUCUUUUCCAACCGAACACGUAUAACAGAUUUUUAGUGGCACCCACCGGCGACCAUGUAAUUUCACUUAUCGAUGAAAUUUCGUACCUUUCGGCACCAGCGCCACUGACAUCCCAGUAUAAUGAUAUUAAUCCAGAACAAUUUUGUAAUGGAGACAAUCGUCCUGCGGAUUGUGGACCAAACUGUAUGUGCACUCAUAAAAUUGACAUCCCACUUAAUGCAAUUGUGGAAGUAGUUUUAGUUGAUGAAGUUCAACAGCCUAACUUGUCGCACCCUUUCCAUUUGCACGGAUACGGGUUUAGCGUCAUUGGUAUUGGUCGAUCACCGGAUUCGUCCGUGAAGAAGAUUAAUUUAAAGCACGCAUUAGACCUAGAUAGGCGUGGACUAUUACACCGACAGUAUAACUUGCCACCGACUAAGGAUACGAUUGCAGUACCUAAUAAUGGAUAUGUUGUGCUACGUUUUAGAGCUGACAAUCCGGGAUUCUGGCUCUUCCACUGUCAUUUUCUAUUCCACAUUGUUAUUGGUAUGAAUUUGAUUUUGCAGGUUGGCACUAACGCUGAUCUACCACCCGUGCCACCAGGUUUCCCAACAUGUGGCGACCACACUCCACCCAUACCAAUAAACUAAAACAAAACUGUGCGACAAACCCCACAAAUGAAGCGCAUGGCAAAAAAACGAUCAACAGAAUUUCUAAGGAAUUAAAAAGACCAACAUACCGAUUGAACAGUUUGUAAAAAGCUUAAUCAAUCACAAUAUAUUUACCAAGAUUGUAUAUAUUUAUGUAAAAAUAGCACAAAGCACAGUUUCCCUUUCAGUAGUAAGAACACUGCCAACCUCCAAUUGUAUAUUAAUGACAACAUUCUAAGGAGUAUUUACCCUUUCCCUUAACGUUAACACCCAGGAGCGUACUAUCAAAUGUAUAUACCUAAUAAUAUGUGUGUAUUUGUAGAAACUGAAAACACAAUACAUUUAUUUAUUUCAUAAAAAACUCAAUACUAUCACACUAUAAUGUUAAAAUGACUGCAAGCAACCGAUCACUCUUAUUACAUUUUCUGCAAACUAAUUCGAGCUGGCUAUAUCGCAAACUUUGUAAACUCCGUUUAUUUACAGUUUGAAUGUGUUCAAAUAAAAAUUUAAAGAUCAAAGUUGUGUACAAAAUGGUUAAACAAAAUAUUCCGAAAGCAAUAAUCAAUGUUACUCAAACAUUAAAAACAUAUGUUUGUCUCAACUAUAAUGCCUUAGUUUUUAGAAUCAGAGCUAUUCAAAUGUAUUCAUAUUUACCAUUUAAACAAAAAAUAAAAAAUAUCUGUUUUAGUAUUUACAAAAAAAAUUUUAAGAGUAAUUAUCUUAUGAACUGAUCCAGUAUGUUGUACAGAAAAAUAUAAAUUUAAAAUGGUUAAUUCAAUAAAUAUUAUCAGCCUUUUAAAGGAA